UCUUCCAUUGAAUUAAAUGAUGGGGUGAGGGGCAAAACGCGGUCUUACAAAAAUGGGGCGGACAAAGGCUUGCGCCAAAAUGACCCCCUACCCAUUGAAAAUGAACUGAACCCGUCUCUUUCGAUCUCUACUGUUCAUUUUCCUUUAACAGAUAGAAAUAAUCAUGCAACUAUUUGUGAAGACUCUCGACGGGAAGACUCUAAUCUUCGAUGUUGACGCUUCCGAUACCGUUGAACAUGUCAAAUCGAAAAUUCAAAAUUUGGAGAAUACUCCUGUAGAGGAGCAACGCUUGAUUUGUGCUGGUGUACAGCUCCAAGAUGGAAACACUUUGGCUGAUUACAAGUUGGAGGAACAUUCUACUGUUCAUCUGUCGCUUAGGUUCACACUUUUUAAAUUUGUUUUUAAGUUGGGGAAUUAA